AUGGAUCUGGAAACAAAUCGAAAGCCUCCAGGCGAAAAUUAUCAAGGAAAUUUGUACAAAAGGAUGGACGAGUUUCGUCGCCAAGGAGUGCUUUGCAAUACGAUUCUCGUGGUUGAAGGCGAAGGAUUUCCAGUCCAUAAAAAUAUUCUAGCGGCAAGCAGUGCUUAUUUUCUCAGUUUGUUUACAUCGGACAUGAGGGAAAAACGGCAAAAUGAGGUGAAACUUGAAGGCUUUAAAUCAUUUGUUAUGAACGACUUGCUCAAUUAUAUUUAUACCGGUGAGGUUGAAAUUACCGAGGAAAACGUUAAAGAGCUGGUGUUCGCCGGCGACUACCUGUUAAUUGAUAGCCUGAAGGACAAAGGGAGUUUCUUCUUAGAAAAAACACUCAGUCCGUCCAAUUGCCUGUCUGUCAGGGCUUUCUCUGAGAAAUUUGACUGCGAAGAUCUUAUGGAUAAAUCUGAAAGGUUUAUUCUGGAUAAUUUUGUGGCUGUUUCAAAGUCUGAGGAAUUUCUCCAUCUCGGUUUUUCCGAGAUAGAGAAACUUAUUUCACUGGAUGACGUCAUCGUGGAGUCCGAAGAACAGGUUUACGAGGCUGUCAUUUCGUGGGUCAAACAUGACGCGGAGAGCAGGAAAGAAGAGUUCGCUGCUUUGCUUUCCAAGGUCCGACUGGGUUGCAUGUCUAAAUAUUACCUCGCAGAAUACGUUGAAACGGAAGAACUGGUAACUGGCAGUCUGGACUGCACGAAGUUGCUUUAUGAAGCCAUGAAGUCAUUUGCCUUAUUUGGAGCACAGAGCAGGUCAGACAGCGACAUUUGUAAAUUGCGUCGCUGCUUGGACUCAAAUGUAGAGGCGAUUAUCACGAUUUGGGGUCCUGGGGACGAGCUUCGUUCCUCCACUCAGUGUUAUGUACCGGCUGUAAAUCAAUGGUUCAAUUUGGCGCCAAUGCUGAUUCCUCGCUUCAGUCACGGGGCAGUGUCGUGUGAAGGGUUUAUUUACACCGUGGGUGGAGUAUCUCUGAAUGGACAUUUGUCAAGUAUGGAGAGAUACGACUUCAGGUAGGAAGAUAUACCAUUUAACUUGAUUAACUUGGUACAGGCCACUUGCAGAUCUCCCAUAACGCACCUUUUUGCCCCACAAAGUUUUGCAUAAGCAUCGUUUUCAAUUUCGCUUAGGAAAGCUGUAAUACCCAGGAGAAAUGAAAAACAAAGGUUAUGCAAAAAUUUUGGGGGAAAAUAACAAGGUGCAUUAUGGGAAUUGUGCAAGUUUCGUUUAUGCGAUUUAUCUUGGCAUUCGGUCAGUAUUCAUAGCGAUCCUAUAGCAAGGGCGACGACCAAAUUUUGUGAAAUCUGAUAAUUCCUCUGUUAUACACUUAACAUUUAUUCAGAGAAUUAUUGAGCAAAUUUCUUGAUUCUUGCUGUAUAAGGAAGUUUUUUAAAUUUUCAGAAAACAGUGCGGGAAUUCGAAGGUAACGCUUCUAAAAAAAUUGAAAUGACAGAAGGAAGUGCAAAAAAACCAAAUAAAAUUACAUUUGCAUCUUGUUUCCUUAUAUAUUCCUUUAAUUAACCUUUGUUAUGCACUGUAUUUCCCGAAAAUUCCAUUUCUCUUAGAUUGUGAUUACCUACCUCGCAACGGGUUCAGGAGUACGUUGUUACAAGUGAUAACCAGCUGCUUUCGCCAAAUUUGGAAUAAAAUAAAGCUGUCGACAAUAGUCAGUUUUUACUAGUCUCCUACUGACUAGUAAUUUAGUGGUAGUAAGUGAAUUAGUAAAGGCGAGUUUGUGUGGAGCUACUACUUUAGGUCAUGCUUUAAUAAGAGGCCAUAAUAAUCAAAUACUCGCCGCUUUAAAUGUCGUUGUUCUUUUUUAAUCACAGGACUAAUACGUGGGCUGGAGUAGCACCUAUGGCUAAGGAGAUCUCUGCGCUUGGUGUCGCUGAACUCAAUGGCUUUUUAUAUGCAGUGGGUGGUUGGCACAGAGGGAGACCGCUGAACACCGUACUAAGGUGAGUAGAAUAUUCGCACUGCACACCUAUUUGGGAACUCAAGCACCAGACAUUCUUGAUUCACGAACGGCAUGGCUGGCCGCGCAGAACUGGAUCGAGGACGCGGUUUGAGUGCCAAAUGCAAAUCAUUAAGCAAAAACAACGGGAAAACAUCACGCAAACCGACAGAACAGUUCAGUUGAAAAUGCCUUUCAAAGAUUUGCGUUAAGUUUUGUUGCUUUGUUACGAAGAAAACAUGAUUUCAGAUGAAAAAUUUCUACUCUUGUAUAACGAAUACUCUUCGAAGAACCCAGGCUUUGCUGUUGGCCAGAACCUCUUUAGAACCUCUAAUUUGAUAGGUUCUUGUUGGCCCGAAGCUUUAUUGUUUCAGAGUUGGGGUUCAUCGUUAGUUUUGUUUGGGUUAGGGAUAUCUAUUGUUUAUUAAACCAUUCCUGUGAGCCGUUCUUAGAGCUUCCGGCCCACACAGAAUUUGAACCUCUGGUUUCAACCUGAGAACUCGCGUUUUGAAGUCCUUGACCACGGCUCCAGAACGUCUUGACAUGCGCAGUGGCUGUCAUGCUGCAAAAAUACUUCCGGUUGGCGUCCGUGGUACUAAGAACGUCUGGUGCUUAAGUUUCCUAUUAUUCUGUCACGGCCGUGAAGUUAUGGGAGGAAACCGUGACUGCCAGGACAAUAGGCAUGCCGAAUAAUGAGGGUAUGCGACAUGAACCACCACCAGGGGAGGUGGAAGGGGCGAAACUUCUAAGUCAGGUCGACUGAAGCCCGUUGACCUGGCCAAGAGGCAGGCAAAAAUCGAGCAAUUUCUAAGAUAGAAAGGGCAGCAAUGCAUCAUGUCACUACUGCGCAGUCUCGACACUAAGGAAUUUAAAGAAGUUUCUUUUUCCCGCCUUACGGGCCAAUUAUGUAUACAGUGAGAAUAGCGAAAAGAAUGAUUUCAAAAUAUUGUUAUUUUCUCCAAAAUAAGUAACUUCAAAUAAAUGAAAAAACAAUUGAAGUAACAAUCGGCGGUGUAAAAAUUGCUUUCACAGCACGUUAAAAACCGAGAUUCUAGAAAAGAGCUCAUAUGGAUCAUUGUUAUUACCUUGUGAGCAGAAUACCUGUAAAGACAUGUCAUUAAUGAGACGAAAAACAAUCGAGGAAUACCAAGGUCACCCAAGGGGCUUCUCAGGGUUUUCAAAAUGGUGUCAGAAUCCUGCAAAUUGCCUACUGGAAAACAAGAAGAUUCUGGGGACGAGGUUGAGAUGGAUCAAUGACAAGAAGGAUGGUUAGGAUAAGCAAUUCUUAGAUAACCAGAACAUAACUAGAAAUUUCGUCAUCAUAAUGAUUAGAUCGUUGGUUUCUUUAUAGGUACUAUCCUUCCACGAACGUCUGGGAAGCGGUGACUCCCAUGACAACCAACAGAGGAGGGCCAUGUGUUGUGUCCGAUAAAUACCUCUACGCCAUUGGUGGAAAAACAGAAAACGAUAACGCAAACGACCCCUUUAAGUACUUGAGCACGGUGGAAAGAUACGAUCCCAAAACAAAUACGUGGCAAGAGACGGCGCCCAUGCAUGUGCGACGCGCUUACGCAUGCGGAGUAGCAGUUGGAGGCAGGCUUUACGUGGUGGGAGGGACACAGGAUGACUUGUAUUCAUCGCAUAGUUCGUGUGAAGCAUUUAACAGCGCAGAUGAAACAUGGGUGUACAUAGCCAGUUUGUGCAUUUCGAGAGCGCUAGCCGGGAUAGCUUACGUAGGAGACAAGGUCUUCGUCCUUGGAGGGAAGAAGAAUUCUCGAGAACGGACAGACAAAGUCGAGUUUUAUGACAAAGAGUUGGACGUGUGGAAGGUUGUGGGGUCAGUGCCUAACUGUAUGGGUGGAAUACAGUGCUGCUCUGUUUCGCUUUCAAAGGAAUUCCUUAAUUCCUUAACGAAAAUAACUUAA